CCAGCCCUCUACAGGAUUCCCCCCUGUUCUUGUGGGAGGAAGAAAAUUCUAGACAAUGAUGUCAUUGUGAAUUACAAAAGAAGCGUUUCAUAAUUCUGCGUGAUACGUUGUUGAUGUGGGAAGUACUCGACAAAAUUUCAGUAAAUAAUUCUCAUGUAAAUGUUUGCUUAAAAAAUAAUUAUCAGUUGUCAAGGAGAACGCCUCCCCCCUGAUCACGUUUGAUGUUGGAUCAUGGGAGAGAUCCCAGAACACCUUGCGAUUUACACUUGUCCGAAUGAUACUUUGGGCAAGAGGAAUACGCUGUAUGAAUGUGUUUUCCUUUUAUGUACUUCUUCGUUUGUAGAAUGCUUGAGAUAGUUUGAUGGAUGAUCUAUUGUAUGACAAUUUGUUGGCGAUCAAAUUAUUAGGGUGAAAACCUUGGAAAAAAUCUGACAUUUUGUCGACUUUCUAUGCAAGGUUAAACCCAGCAUCGUCCGAGUUGAUGGCUGUUCAACUCGUUUGGUAGUAAAGUUUUACACGAUGCAAAAUUCAAGAAGACAAGGGGAAAGGGAAAAUGAACGCUCAGACAGAAAGCAUUCCAGGCAAAACCGACCAGGUUUACAACCCCGAAGUACCAGUGCUUCAUCCAGUUCUAAUAUGACAAUGGUCGGACCAAAUUUUCGUGUUGGCAAGAAGAUAGGAUGUGGGAACUUUGGAGAGCUGAGACUUGGUCGAAAUUUGUACAAUAACGAACAUGUCGCCAUAAAAUUGGAACCAAUGAAAUCCAGGGCGCCUCAAUUACAUCUAGAGUAUCGAUUUUAUAAAGUUUUGGGAAAUGCAGAUGGCAUACCACAAGUUCAUUAUUUUGGUCCCUGUACUAAGUACAAUGCACUUGUAAUGGAGUUGCUUGGUCCAAGUUUGGAGGAUUUAUUUGAUGUUUGUGAUAGAACUUUUACCCUCAAAACAGUGCUAAUGAUAGCAAUGCAGCUGUUGUUGAGGAUCGAAUAUGUCCACUCAAAAAAUAUGAUAUACAGAGAUGUAAAACCGGAGAAUUUCCUAAUUGGAAGAAAGUCAGCUGGUAAAGACAGAACCAUACACAUUAUUGACUUUGGCCUAGCCAAGGAGUAUAUUGACCCUGAAACAAAGAAGCACAUACCAUACCGUGAACACAAGAGUUUAACUGGCACUGCUCGAUAUAUGAGCAUCAACACUCAUUUAGGAAAAGAGCAAAGCAGGAGAGAUGAUUUGGAAGCCCUUGGUCACAUGUUCAUGUAUUUCUUGAGGGGAAGCUUACCCUGGCAGGGAUUGAAAGCUGAUACACUCAAAGAAAGAUAUCAAAAAAUUGGUGACACGAAGAGGUCAACACCUAUCGAAGUUUUGUGUGACAAUCAACCAGAAGAACUAGCAACUUACCUAAGAUAUGUUCGUCGACUGGAUUUUUUUGAGACACCAGACUAUGACUACCUGCGUAGCCUGUUUAAAGAGCUGUUCGACAGGAAGGGUUAUGUAGACGACGGGGAGUUUGAUUGGACGCACAAGCAGAUUCCAUAUGCAAUCAACCAACUUGAUUCGACGUCACAUCCCCCUGAUUCGAGAUACAUCCAGAAUAGAGGAAGAGAUCCUCACCAGAGUAAUCGAGGACAAUCAGCUGAUCGCAGGGCAUGGCCAGAUAUCGCAGGCAAUCCGCGAAAUUCGAACGCUAACCUUAUGCCAACAGGAGGGCACAGGCUUGCCGGUUCUGUCCAGGUUGUCAGCUCAACGAAUGGUGAGCUUGGCCCCUCAAAUGAUUCUGGCCUGGAGCCAAAACAUGGAACACAUUUGAACUCACAACCUGAUGUAGAAGUCGUGGAAGAAACAAAAUGUUGCUGUUUCAAACGGUGAAAACGAAAAACGACUCGUAAGAAGUAGUUGGUAAACAUGAAUUGAAGUAAGCGGCGAAAAUUCUACACUUCUUCACUAUAUUGCAACAAGACAAUAGGGAUGGGGUGGAACUUGUGUGAUGGAUACCAUAUGGCUGGUCAUAGGUCAUCCACCAACGCAUUAGACAUAUUGUAAGAUAUGUACAGCAGAAGUGUAUGGACAUGCAUGGAAAGAGUUAAGACUUUUAUUCCUCACAAACUCGUCCCAAAAUUGAUGCAAGCAAUUUUUCCUUUUCAGAUCUUCCUUACACAACGGUAUUCAGUUAGUAAAGGCUCGUUUCAAGCUCAUAUAAUUUAAGGUGUAGCAACUGCAAAUGUUUUGCGGUACAUCAUUUUAGAUACAGUCUGUUUUGAAAUUCAAUGGCCUUUAAUUCCGAGAGCAUGUGAGGAAGCAGUUGAGCUUAAAAGUUAUUGAACUGUAGCAUAGGAACUUUAGCAUAGUAAAAAGUCGUAAAAAAGUUUUAUCAGUUGCCAUUAUCAUUUUUUUGAUAUUGAAUGAUGAUAACAAACGUCUUUAUGCCAAACAUAUUGAUGAAAAUUUCAAUUGGAUGUAAUUACAUUUGUAAUUUAUCGAUUUCAAUUUAGAGACAAAGAUUUUUCUGAGAUUUCAAA